GAAGCGGCAGGAGUAGCAUCGUUAGGGAAGUAGGGAAACUUGUACUGUGGGAAUUUGUAGGUAGAAGUUGUCCCAGUAAAGAAAAAUUCAUUCAAGAUGGUGAAUAUGGAUUGUGAGAAUGAUCACGGCGAGCCAGAGCAUGUUAGAAAGCUAUUUAUUGGUGGCUUGGACUACAGAACAACUGAUGAGUCCCUGAAGCAACAUUUUGAACAAUGGAAUGAAAUAGUUGAUGUGGUGGUUAUGAAGGGCCCUAAAACGAAGAGGUCGAGAGGGUUUGGGUUCAUAACUUACUCCAGAGCACAUAUGGUGGAUGAUGCUCAGAAUGCUCGCCCACACAAAGUUGAUGGUCGUGUUGUGGAGCCGAAAAGAGCUGUUCCUCGCACGGAGAUUGGUAGGCCAGAAGCGGGAGCGACUGUGAAAAAGUGGUUUGUUGGUGGAAUUAAGGAAGAAAUGGAAAAAAACGAUCUGCGCGAUUAUUUCAAACAGUAUGGCACUGUCGUCUCUGCUGCAAUCGUCGUUGAGAAGGAGACUCGCAAGAAGCGUGGCUUCGCUUUUGUAGAAUUUGAUGAUUAUGAUCCAGUUGACAAAAUGUGUUUGAGUCGCAAUCACCAGAUCCGUGGGAAGCACAUAGAUGUCAAAAAAGCCUUACCCAAAGGUGAUGCUUCAGGAGGCCGUGGAGCUGGAGGCAGAGGUGGGGUUGGUGGUGGUGCAAGUGGUGGCUGGGGCGGAGGACGUGGUGACUGGGGUGGAAGUGCUGGUGGCGGUGGAGGUGGUGGCUGGGGAGGUGCUGAUCCAUGGGAGAAUGGCCGUGGUGGUGGCGGUGACAGAUGGGGAGGUGGUGGCGGCGGUAUGGGUGGUGGAGAUAGGUGGGGUGGGGGUGGUGGAAUGGGAGGGGGUGACAGGUACGGCGGUGGUGGUGGACGCAGUGGUGCAUGGUCCAAUGAUGGUUACAAUAGUGGAAAACAGUCUGACGGAUUCGGUGUUGGCUACAAGCAAAGCUAUGGAGGAGGUGCAGUUCGUGGUUCUAGUGGUUAUGGUGGAAGCCGGUCUGCUCCAUACUCUGAUAGAGGAUCUCGAGGUGGUGGUGGCGGGGAUUACGGUUCUGGUGGUGGCCGCAGGUAUUAAGUGCUGUGGCACUCCUUUCCUCCCUGUGCAGGUGUCGCCUAUUUCUGAUACUUCGCUAUAAGUAGCUGAGGCUGUCAGCUGUAGGAGACAGGCAAAGUCAGAGCACAGGAGAGGCAG